CUUAACGGCCAGUGCAACGGCUGAAUAAUCCCUUCAUUGGCGAUUCGUGAUUUAUUUUUUCCAAGGUCCGAAUCGUUUUUCCCACGCUGCUUAUUACAAACUCCUGAACCAGGAUGAAAAUCGCAUUGUGGAUUUCGGUUUGUCUUCCGUUUGUGUGUAGUGGCAUUGAAGCACAGUUAAAUUACGUGAAUCCUCAACAAAUCAAAUAUGAUGAUGAGGUGCCAACUUACGACGAAGUUCCUUACAAAUCUAGUUUAAGCAAAGAGCCUUUAUCAAAUCAGUAUGAAAAUUCCCGUGAAGCAAUUAGCAGAGCUGCAGGCUCGCCUUACCCCCAGCCGGAACACUUUCAUGAAACUGGGUCAGUUCUUUCUAACGAUCCCGAUGAAUUUGCUCAUCAAACUCCUUCACAGAAUCAUCCUCAAGUAUCCUAUAGACAGCCUGAAUCACGCAAAAAUUAUCCUUCGCAAGAUCACGCGUCUCGUCCCAAAGAUCUUCUGCCAGGUCAUCAUAGACUGUCACAUGCUUCUAUAAUCUAUCCUCAAGUUGCUGCAGGGGAGAGUCAACAACCAAAUGUUCCACAACUGUCUUUAACUUAUCCUAAAUCAGCAGAGCCAGAAUACCCAGCACCACACCACCUUGCAAACCAGGAAUCCACUCCUGACUACAAGCGACCGGAAGGCUCUCAACCUUCUAAUUCUCGAGUGGUUCGAGAUCCGAGACUGCCUCUAUAUUUCACGAUGUACGAGAAACGCAUUGUCCAAGAUCCAGUUGACAAGUACGGCAAGGGCCCCUGGAGAUACCUGACUUACGGGCAUGGCAUCACGUAUGGCAGCAAAGAACCGGGGAAAGUCUUCGAAAGAGGCUACGGGUACAUCCGAGCUCUCGGCCGAGACCACUGCAAACUCCCUGAAAACAAAUGUCCCAGAAAAGACGAUGACAAACCUUUCGAAUAUGAAGGAAGAAAGGAACCUUAUUUUGGAUACCGUCCACAUUAAUGCCAAAGCUUUACUUUUCUUACACGAACUGUUGAUUUUUGUUUGUUUUGUUGGAGUAAAAUUAAACUAGUGACAAAGGGAAAUCUUUUAGCAUGAUACAUGAUAUUGUAUUUAGAACUAUCAAAUUUGGAAAGGCUUUCACAAGAUUUUGAUUCUAUUUUUUCAAUUAAAAAUUAGUCAACAUUUUAACAUUUUUUUUCUCAAUAAUUUUGGAGAAUAUUUCUUAUAAAAAUAAUUUUAGCUUCAUUUCUGGGUUAAAAAAUAUUAACUUUUUAAUGAUACUAA